UUACUGCUGCUUGUGGGGAGGAGGAGGGGAUUGCUAGUCUGUGGUGUUUAUACUUUGUGUACGAAAUUUGGAGGAUUGGAGGAGUAACAAAGCCAGGCUUUAAAGAUUUGCAAUAAAGCUUGGCUUUGAUUUAGACCUUUGGUAGAAAAGGUGUGGAGCUUGUGUCCACAAGGCAUGUCCUGGAUAAAUUUGCUGUCUGUGUUGGGAAUGGAGUUUUGUGUAGUUAGUUCUACAUGUCUGAAUAAAAGAGCUGAUUUUGAAUAUUUUAUCUAAAAUUCUGAUCAUAAGUAGAUUGACUUAUUCCAUAAAUGGAGUUGCUCUUACAUUAACUUUGCUAUCUUUGAAAGACCAAGGUUCAAACUUCCAACAGUUUCAGUAAGCAAAAUUAUGAAUCUUUUUAUAUAGAUACAGCUAUAAAUAGGUGACUAAUUGCUUCAGGAUUUUCUCCGGCUUUUCAAAUCUCCUGUCUGCUGUUUCUGGAUGCCUUUACCCUACUGUGUGAUUUUAAACAUGACAACCUAUCAUGUUAUAAACUGUGGUGAGCUGAUCUUGAGUUGAUUCUUUCUCUUAAGAUUUACCUAAGCAGUUCUUCACAUGGGGUUAAGCUGCUUGCUCAGGGUAGGAGCUUGGAAGCAAAGUGAAGAGGCAUUUUUUUCCUGCAUGCACUUUUCUGUGUGUUUCUUUUAAUUUUCUGCUUUUGUACCCAUUGAUUUUUUUGAUCUUGGAUUAAACUGAAAGCCAGUAAGAUGCGCGUGUUGUGAUGCUAAUGUAUUUUUGUACACUUUAUCUGUCAAAAUACUGCAAGUAGUUGAUAGAAUUUUUGUUUUCAGAAGAGCUUUUGUUGCAUGCUGCUGGUCUGAGUUGCUAUGAUGUUGUGAUUUGGUGUGCUGCUCCUACCUUGCUCUUGAGGUUAAUUCAGACUCCUUCCAUGUGUUUGUUUCUUUCACGCCUGCCUUUGUGCUUGCUGCGGAUCUUUGGAAAUGUCUUUUAAAAAUUAGGUGCUUGCCGUGUGGAAGGACUCCCUUGCGUAACUCAAUUCUUCUAUUCUUAUUGCCUUUUUUUCGUCUUAGUUUUUCUGGAAACGGUAUUAAAGGAAUUCCAUUUUCUUGGCUUACACUUGUUACCUCCUGUUCUGCUUGAAAUGCUUGGGAAAGAACCUAUUUAUUCAUCUGCUAGAGAGGUAUUUCAAUGAGGGAAGAAGGUUGAGCAAGCAUUGCAGUAGUUUAGGCAGCUACAGAUCCUUGGAGAAGCUCUCUGAUGGGAAUGAUUCAAGCCCAGAAUGAACAAAUGCAUAGCAACAGUGUUUAUUUUAUUUUGAUAUUCAAGACGGCCAAGGGUUGCAUGAGUGUUUGCAAUGUACUUGCCAUGUGUUGACAGUAUCUAGGAACAGAUGAAAAACUACAUUGAGACUGCAUAUUCUAGCCCAGGACUGGUGAACCACCACCGCUCAGAGUCAACACUAUGCAGGCAUGCAAAUCUCGGUAAGAGCUCUGCACGGAGGGGAUUUACAGAAGAAAUAAUGAAAACAUAAACUGUAUAUGGUCCAGACAAGUCUAAUGUGUCUUAACUCUGCUGUUAGUAUUGUUAAGUCAUGGUCAGGCUGAAGGUGUUGAAGGAGUCGAAUGAAUCUCAAGCCCCAUUGAUACUAGUUCUGCUCUUGAAUAAGAGAAGACUGAGUUCGGAUGGUCAGUCUUUUCACAGAGUCGUUCCUUUAUGGCUGGCCUUAACCAGGUCUUUCUGGUCAGUUUGCUUUUUGCUGGGUUAAUUUUUAAAACGUAAGCUUUUCGUUACGUUGAUAAUGCAACUGAGUGAACUUGAUCGUUCCACCUGCUCUUUGCCCAGUUGCAACUGAGUGAUUAACAUUUUAAGCCAACAAUCUACACUUCCAAUCUGAACUGUUGCUAUGUUUGUACGUCAGAGAUUGCCCUCCAUUGACUUGGGAAUGCGAUGAGGAAGAACAAUCUCUUAGGUCCACUGAAUCUAAAAUUAACUUUGCACCCAGGUAGCUGGAUUUGUGUGUUCGAAGAAAAAAAAUACUUAGAUCAGACAAUAAAGUGUUUUCUAAAUUUAAAGGCCUGACUUUUCUUUGUUGUCCUGUGAGACAGGAGCAACAGCACUAACUUAGGACUUGCAGAGCUGGGCUUUGGAUCCUACUGCUGUGUGGAGCUGCAAUGUGACGUUAGAUCCUGCACCUUGGUGGAACAGGGUUUAGGGCAUCGGUUUGUGGGGUUGUCGAGAAGUUAGUAUGGCUUUUGGGCUCUUGACUUACAAGUGGUUCAAAUACGGCUCUCCUAGAGUAGGAAUAUAGUGUGACUGGUGGUGGAACUUUUUGGUGCAAGCACUACUAGUUCAUCUGUUUCCAGCUGUGGAGGGAAGCAAAAUAACCAGGUGGUACAGAAGCACAAGUCAAAGUGGGAUGGGGUACAGCAAGUUCACUGUCUGGCAAAACUAUACCCUUGCACCAGAACUAUGUUGUCAUAAUAUGCACUAAAUGUGCUGGUAGAUCAAAAGUAGCUGCUGGUGAGGCUGUAGCUUGAAACACGGCCCGUGAGGAUGUUGUCACCCUUCUCAGAUGUGCACCAGGAAUAUGCCCUGUUGCCCUAGUACCAGAAAUUGCCCUUGCAAAAUGAACCAGCUUCCUCCGAAGAGUCCUUUGGCAUCCCCGGUGUCAGAGGCCAUGAAUUCCAGGGUAGAGUCUUCAGACAGCUUGUCAAUGGACAGUUUUUGGCUGGAAGUAGAGAACAUUAAACAGAGCGUUGAAGCUGAGCAAGAGGAAUGCAGCCUUGCAGAUGUCAAAACACAAGAGGAAGGAGAAGCUGAAGCCGAGUGGCUCCAGGAUGCCGGUCUGUCUGACCUCCUUGGGGACCGUGCCUCCGACAACGAGAACAUCGUGCUGCUCUCCACCCUGACCAAGACCCAGGCUGCUGCGGUGCAGCGGCGCCUGGACACCUACUCCCGCUCACGGAGGAGGAAGAACAAGCAUCCCGUGCGUGAUGUCCGAGACAUUUUUGGAGUUGUCAGCUCUGAGGAGACAGCAGCAGAGAAAGAGGAGUCCAGCCCAGAUCAGUUGUGGCACAAUCUACGGACCUCAAAUGUACACAAAUCAGAAACCCAGGAUUACUCCUGCACGGUUCGAACCCCUGGAAAAGAAGAGGUGUUCAACAUGGAUGUCGCCUACUCAGAGCAAGCAGCUGUUCUGCUCAAGGGAUCGUUCCUAUCUGAAUCCAGGAGGUUAAGGGAUGGAAAUGCACUAACUAAAUUUAAGAUUCCCAAGGGCAGACUAGGAGUGACCAGGAUUGGAGAUUUGUCUGCUCAGGACAUGAAGAAGAUCCCCACACUGGCCCUUAUUGAACUAACAGCUCUCUGUGAUGUUCUGGGCUUUGAGCUGAAGAGAAACAAGGCCGCAAAACUGAAAACAACAGAGAAACGACUCUUUGGAGUUCCACUCAACACCUUGUUGGCAAACGACCAAAAACUGCUCCCCAACACCAAGGUCCCUCUGCUACUCCAGGCACUGCUUUCCUGCUUGGAAAAGAGAGGACUUGAAACAGAGGGCAUUUUGAGAGUUUCUGGGUCCCAGACCAGAAUCAAGAGUCUGGAACAGAAGCUAGAAAAAGACUUCUACACUGGCCUUUUCCGCUGGGAUGAAGUCCACCAGAAUGAUGUAUCUGGGCUACUGAAAAGAUUCAUCAGAGAGCUGCCGGCACCGCUGCUGACAGCAGAGUACCUGCCUGCUUUUGCUGCUGUACAAAAUAUUCCAGACCUGAAGCAAAGAUUGCAAGCUCUAAACCUCCUGAUCCUGAUUCUGCCAGAGCCCAACAGAAACACCCUGAAGGCUCUACUUGAAUUUCUCAGCAAAGUGGUUUCCAGGGAGAACAACAACAAAAUGAACCUCUGGAACGUCUCCACAGUCAUGGCCCCAAACCUCUUCAUGCACAAGGGGCUGCCAAACAAGAUCCCUGAGGGGAAGGAGAAGCAGCUGGCAGAGGGGGCGGCUGACGUUGUGCGGAUGAUGAUCCAUUACCAGGAUUUGCUCUGGACAGUCUCCUCUUUCCUGGUAGCUCAAGUGAGAAAGCUGAAUGAGACCAAUAGCAAAAGGUACCAGUUUUGCGACAAACGAAUUAAAAAUUUGCUGCGUAAGAUUCAUGCUGAUAAAGACAAGGUGGAAAAGAACCAGGCAGAGCCUUCCAAGAUCGUGAAAGUCCAUGCUUCGCUUCUCCUGAAGGACUCGCUAGAGGUGCAUUUGAACAACGCAACCAGAGUUGCUGAUGUCUUGAGGCAGUUUCAAAAGAACCUGUGCCAGAAUGGUUGGAAUAUUGUCAACACUGUCAACCUCCUCAAGUGUAACAACUCAAUGGAGAGCACAAGCUUCCUCCUGUAUGAAGUAGGAGGCAAUAUUGGUGAACGUUGCCUGGACCCAGACACUUACCUCUUAGACUUGUACCACAUCAAUCCCCAUGCUGAGUGGAUAAUUAAGCAAAACCCAUCUUAUCCUCGGAUGUUCUAAGGGAAGCAUGAACAAAAUGAAACAUUUGGUUGAAGUUUUUGGAAAGCAUGGAAAAGCUAUUGAGCCGUUCCUGGUGUAGUUGCAGACUGGACAACGCUUGUGUCUUUGAAGGAAAACCAGUUUUAUUUGCUACUUCCAUGACAGCUGGCUGUGAGCGUACAGUAGCCAACAUGCUAACAGGGGCAUUGAUAACAAGCAGCAAUUUUCAUGAUGUAGCAGAAUUUGUGUGUGGGGGUGCUUAUUCUUAAACAAAAUAGCCGCCCUGAAACAAACCCUGCAAACAAAGCUACGGUGAUUGUGCAGCAAAGAUGGAACGUAAGAGGAGAAGCGCCUUGAAAAUGUAGAAGACAUCUGUAUCUUCUGGAUUUGCUCUUUCUUUUGAUCACAUCCAUGUUGUGGAGGAGAGACAGUCAAAUGCUGCAGUGGUACUGGUGACAUCCCUUUGGUAAGAUCCACUAUUGACUGUUGGACAUUGCCAGAAGAAGUUGUGAUCCUGGGUUUCACUACGAUACUCUCACAUUCUUUGAAGAAUGCGAAAGGACGCUUCCAAAAAGGCCAGAUGGGAUGUGAAGCCAACAUCCUAUAUUUAGUGACUAUAGCUAAAUACAUAUAUGCAACACAAGUAAAUAACAUUCCUUGGAAAAAACUGUGGAAUGGUUAGCAGCCUUUCAAAUGUACAGUUCGAUGGGAGAGAUGCCAGUCCCAUACAGCUCUGCUGGUAAUGCAAAACAAAUGUACAGGUUGCCAUUGAUGAUGGAAAAGCAUGGGUUUAUUUUGCUGGACAACGUAUAUGUCAAGAGGUAACCAAGGAAAUAUUCUGAAGUUAAUCUGAGGUUAGUAAUCUGACCUGGCCAUGUGAACUAAACUUCUUUUUGGAAGACUCUGUGUGAACAUGUCUGUUCAAAACCAAAACCAGCCCCAGGAUGUGCAGUGGCUGAACCAAGAACUCUGCCUGGACCUGGUCGCACAGUGGGUACCGAACUGAGCCUUCAUUGCCUUGGCUGCACGUUUUUAUCCCACUCAGCACAGUGUGAUCACUGUGUCUGGAGAGAGGAGGGCAGAGCACGACACUUGCACCUCACAUCACUGCGUACUUGGCAUACAACCUCAGCUCAAGUUAGUCUGUACUCAUGGAAGAGGAGUGCGGAAGUAUUUUAUUUCCCUUCCAGUGAUGCUGUAAUACCUCAUGUGAGGGAACCUACUAUGCAGUUACAGGGGGUGGAACAUGCACCACUUCUGAAAAUCCAGAUGUCUUUUUUUACAUAGUUUUUAAAUACUGUUGGAUAUUUAUUCAUGUGGCAGAAGCAGGGCUGCCCUGCAGGUGUGUACUCAAAGUGUUUAAUUUGCCGAGUCCUAACUGUACUAGUGACAAUCUCCAGUAUUAUACCUUUUGUUUAACUGAAUUUAUUCCAUUGCAGUCUGAACUUUCCCUCCUUUUUCCUUUUUUUUCCCCCAGCUUGAUAUGUAGCUCUCCCUAUUCAUUAUCUCCGUGUCCUAAUUUCUAUGUAAGGGCACUUCACUUUGUGGUUUGUCUGUCUAUGUGCUUAACUCUCUUUGUGGUUGAGAUCCUUGAGGAACAGGUGAGCCAUAGUUCAUGUUCCUCCUGACCUCUUGUGAACACAACACUGUGUGAGUGGUGCUGAUGGCUUGAAGUGAUGCAGAUGCACGGACUAGUGGGGCCAUGUUCAUAACUGUCUUUUAAAGAACCUGUAAUAGAAACUUGCAGAAAACCCACCUCCCAAGCCUUGCCAGAACCCCAACAUCAAGACUUGUUGAAUUGCCUCUUUUUUAUAGGGCUUAAAAUGGGUGUAAAACAACCCGAUUCUUGUCCUUGAGGAUGGGUGAUUUGUGUCUCUUGGGAGAUCGAGCUGCUUUAAAAUCGGGCAUUAAAAAUCAAUGGUACCUAUUCACUCAUCACUUCUGGAAGUCUUUGUUGCAGUGAUGGAGCUUGGCAAAGAUAAAUGCCAGAGAUGCUAUACUCUAAGAAAUAUCUGAUACAUAAAGGUAUUGGUGGGAGAGAGAGAAGAACCUGUUCCUGCUCAAAGAUGCUUAGAAAGCUGAACUGCAUCCCUACAAAUCACAUAACAAUGCAUUUUUUUUUCCACCCCUCAUAUGCUGGAUGUUUUAUUAAACAUUCCAGCUUCCAUACAUAUGAGGGGGAAAUGCUACAUCGCUGCUUCCGUAAACAAGAAAUGAGUGGGGUUUUUUUGAACACCAAGCAGUGUGAACCAGUGCUGUGGAAAACAAGGUUGGUGGGAGAUUCUCAUGAAACAAAUAUCAGUUCUCAAAUAUGAAAUGUAAAAAGAAAAAAAUCAUCUAUUUCCAGACGAUGGAUAUGCUUUUCUAUUUUUCUUUCCUAACUUUGUACCAAAAAGUAUGUAUGAAAUUUUCAGUCACUGACGUGCAACCUGCUUUUGAAUGCUGGCUUUUAAUAACUUUUUAGGGUUUUUUCAAAUUUUUGAUUCUGUAUUUAAAAUUCAUUUAUUCAAUGAAACAAUAAAAAUAUAGUAAAAAUC